AUGGCUACCUCCACAACCACAAGUACGCCUCCCAGGAGAAGACUAAAUACCAACCCUCACGCUCGAAUUCUUCACGGCGGCGCUACAACAUCCUCUUCCGCAUCCACUCCUUGUUCUCCCUUGAAAAAGCUGAAUCUGAUGGAUCCCCAACAACCCCUGCCGCAGAAGCAGCCACUGGACGGCGGAUCUGCGUUAGUUCGGGAUUGGGCGGGUCUCUCCCCGGAGCUGCUCUCCGUGAUUAUGGCGCAUCUCAGUCCCGCGGAUCGCCUGGGGAUUGCUCAGCUGGUUUGCUCCUCGUGGCGGAAGGUCUGCCGGGACCCGUACAUCUGGAGAUCUGUCGGCAUCAGCCAUUAUUCCUGGGAGCGAGUUACCGAUGUGGAGGCGCUCUGCGCGCAGGCCGUCGAUCGGAGCUGCGGUGGUCUGGUUUCUCUGAGCUUGGAGUGCUUCGGCUCCGAUAAACUCCUCGCUGACAUCGCUAGCAAGUCAGGCCAGCUAAAACGCCUCCGACUGGUGUCCUGCCAUGAAGUCUCAGACCAAGGAUUCAGCACCGCAGUCCAAAAGCUUCUCUUCCUAGAAGAGCUCGAGAUCUCCUACUCCGCGCUGUCAAAGGACGCAUUGGUGGCUGCCGGGCAGUACUGCCCGUUCCUCAAGUCGCUGAAACUGAACCAGGCAGGGUACAGGAGGCCGCGCAUAGAGAACGACAAGGAGGCAACUGCAAUCGCAGAGAACAUGCCUGGCCUGCGCUGCCUCCAGGUGUUCGGGAACAAGCUGACGAAUCUUGGCCUCGAAGCAAUCCUCAACGGCUGCAGACACCUUGAGUCUCUAGAUAUCCGGCAGUGCUUCAACGUGAACCUGGAAGGUGAUCUGGAGAAGAGGUGUCGUCGUCAGAUCAAGCAGCUGCGGUGUCCCUUCGACUCGACCGACGACUACCCCUACAAUCCGGAGAUCCCUGAUUAUGGAUCGACGGAUGAAGACGGGUAUCCGUCGGGGUUCUCGGACCCCGAGUUGUCCACUGACGGCGAGUACUACGGGUUCUCCGGUGAUAGCGAGGUCUCCGAUGAGGAGUUUAAUUAA